AUGACUAGUCGUUGCGAUAGUAAUCCUGCUCAGUACGAGAGGAACCGCAGGUUCGGACAUUUGGUUCACGCACUCGGUCGAGCGGCCGGUGGCUCAAAACAAUGUGACACUACUAGGUGGCCGGCCCUCGUGACCGGUCAUCGCACGGGCCCCAGUUUGCCGUACGGGCGUCUUUGGAUUCGUCGUCGGGAUCUCGCCGAUCGACGGCCAUGGCGCUCUAACGGUCGAUCAUGGGUACUCCAACUUCGACGUCGAGACUCGGAAUCGUCUGUAGACGACUUAGGUACCUGGCGGGGUGUUGUACUCGGUAGAGCAGUUACCACGCUGCGAUCUGUUGAGACUCAGCCCUAUGCUUGGGGAUUCGUCUUGUCGGCGUUCGCGACGCAAAGCAAUACGCCGCUAGUAGAGGUAGAAUAA